ACUAAUAGAAUCAAGGCACGCUUACCACCACUAUUCUUACCAUGAAGGUAACCGAUGUCUUUGUGGUCCUGACACUUUUCAGCUACUUUGAAGAUGUUGUCAGUCAAGCUAGAUACAAGGAAGGCAUGUGCCUUGAAUUCCAGCCCUUAUUACACAAUGGGAGUUUAUAUUGCAGUAGAGACAUCAACCCUAUCAUUGGUCCAGAUGGCAAGACACACACGAACAAGUGUGUCAUGUGCCGCGAAGUCUUGAAAAAAAGAGGAUUUGUUAUUAAUGAAGGCUGGUCUACAAGUACUUCAGAAAAGGAUGAUGGCUGCAGUGAAUACAUGCCUUUUUUCAUGAAAGGGGGAAUUACUUGUACGAGAGAGAAUGACCCAGUUCGUGAUGCUUUUGGCAGACAAUAUAGCAAUAAGUGCAUGAUGUGUGCACAAAAGUUCAAAAAUGGAGGGAACAUGCCAUCGUAUGAAAAAAACAAAAUAGAAAACGAAAGAAAGGAGAUGAACUUUGCCAUGUCUAUUGGCCCUAAAUUCCCAACACGCACCAUGAGGGCUGAUGCAAAUGAAGUAUCUGAAUGGAUUUAG